GUUUAUUUCGGAUCCUUUGGAACAUGAAAUAUUUUAUUUAAACAGAAAUACAUAUAUUUUCUUAAAUAUAUAGGAUGGGAGUCCAAAAUGUAAAAUUAUUUUGAAAAAGAGUACAUAAAAAUUAUAAAUAAUUGAUACUCUAUUAUUAUUCUUCCCUAACCUAAUAUGUAUACGUAUAUAUAUGCAUACAUAUAAGUUGGUAUUCUCGUCGUUAGUCACAUUUGAAUUUGAAUCGUUUGAAAUAACAGUUAAAACGUACAACUAAUGCCACAAAGCGCUAAAAGGUAAAGAAAUUAUCAUGUUUAAAGUGGUUUAUGUGUAUUAACAUGGACGAAAUUUUUCAAAUUUUACACGAAUGUCAUUUAAAUGAUGACAAGUGUGAAAAAACAUCGGAUAUUAAAGAAACUAAUUUCAUAGAAGAUGUAAAAAGGAAUAUCGAAAAAUUAUUCACAGAGGUACAAUGUAACAUAGGAAGUGUCGAAUAUGCAAAUCUCAACAAAAUGUUGGCACUUUGUUAUUUAAAGAUUGGUAAUGAGUUUGAAGCUAUAUUUCAUUUAAUUGAGUCACAUGCAGUGAUACUUCGUCAACAAAUAUUGCAUAGAAGUGUGAAAACAGAAAUGCGUGAAUCAAUCUUAAAUACACAACAAUCUUCUGGACUUAAAGCUUCUUAUGUUGGAUUUAAUAUAAAUGACACAAAUAGAGUUGAUAAUUUAAAGGCAAAACUUUUUGAUCUGCCCAAAGAAUGGUAUAUGAUUCAAGUCACUGGACAGUAUAGGUCUCCAGGAGAUAUAUUUAAACAUAAUAGAACUAAACCACAUGCAAUGCAUGAAAUGCAUAUUACCAUAUUGCCAACAGGGACCAAAGAAACAGAACCCUUCUGUAUAACAUUACCAAAACCAAAGUUAGAUUCUUCGUACGAUAUCUGUUAUGAAAUUCAGAAAUUACUUUCUAAUAAUAGGUCAGAAUUAGAAGCUACUUAUGCGAAUAAUGAAUUAUAUUGGAAAAUGAGAGAAAGGCAAAAUAUAAGUAUGAAGACUGCUAUCCAAGCAUUAGAGUAUACAUGGUUACGAGAGUGGAGAAUCUUAUUUAUAGCAGAUCCAAUAAAUAAACCUGACAUAGUAGCAGCUACUGUACAAAUGAUUGACAAACUAAUAUCUGAUAAUAAAAAUUCAAAAAAGAUAACAGAAAGAUCUAAGUGGUUGUUAAGAAAAGUAGCAUUAUCAGCAUGCUUUCUCACAAGAGAAGAAAUAGCACGUGCGGUAAAAUAUGUACUUCCUGAUUAUAAUAAGUUGGCAGAUAACAUAAUACUGUCCAUAUUUGGGAAACUACCUUGUAUAGAAGAAUUAAAAAAUGCAAUUAGGAAAACAUUAAUUUUAGUCAUUGAUGAACAUAUGGAUUAUAUACCUUUUGAAUCUAUGGAAAUUUUAAAAUGUCAUCCUGUUACUCGUUUUCCAUCACUGCACAUUGCAUAUGCUUUAUUUAAAGAGCAUGAAAGUACAAUGGAGAAUGGCUGUAAAAUAAUUUAUACAAAAAAUGAUAUGGGUACAUGUAUAGUCAAUCCUUCUGGUAACUUGACUAAAAUGGAAAAACGCAUGAGGUUGUUCAUUGAAUAUUGGUUACCAGAUUGGAAAAGUUGGUAUAAUGUUGAGCCACAAGAAGGAAUUUUUGAAGAUGCACUAGUUAACCGUGAUAUAUUAAUGUAUAAUGGUCAUGGCAAUGGAAUACAAUACUUGCCAGGAGAACGCAUAGAAAGACUCAGAGUAAGAUCAAUUGUUUUAUUAUUUGGUUGUAGUAGUGUAAAAUUACUUACAGUAGGAGGACGUUACCCACCAUAUGGAAUCCCAAAUCAGUAUUUAAUAGCUAGCAGCCCUUGUGUGCUCGGUAUGUUGUGGGAAGUUACGGACGCUGAUACUGAUAAAAUGACAACGAAUUUCAUUAGUAAUUGGAUUCCAUCUCCAUUAAAUAGACCAUGGGCUGAUGUUGAUAUUAAUAUGUGGUGUGCGGGUACACUAAAAUUUCUAAAAAAUCGUAAAAGCUCCCAAAAUGUGUCUACAGAAUCUGAAAUGUUAAGAGCAAUAGCAAAAUCUAAAGACAUCUGUUCUCAAUAUAUGACCGCGGCCGCAAUAGUAGUACGAGGACUACCGGUAAAGCUCAUUUAAAUUGUAAAUAUAAAAAACGAUACAAACAAAUAUAUACUAAACAUCAAUUUAUAUGUAAUUAAAAAAGCUAGUAAAAAUUUUAUUUAUAAAAUG